AUGGAUGCUACACAGAAAACGUUGUGGGUUGGAAAUUUACCUGAAAAUAUCACUGAAGAAUUACUUUACGAAUUGUUUCUGCAAGCUGGUCCCUUGGAAAAAGUGUAUGUUCCUAAAGACAAGCGUUAUGCCUUCAUUCAAUUCAAACAUGAAGAAUCGGUUCCAUACAGUGUUCGUAUCAUGGAUGGCAUCUCUCUGUUUGGCAAACUUCUGAACAUGCGUGCUCGUACAGUUUCUGUCCAUGACAGUUCCAAUCAUCCAACGCCCCAAUCUCAAGGAAAUCUGAAACAAACGAAAACAAAACUUCUUUCGACAAGGACUUCGUCUUCUUCGUGUGGUGAACCUCUCUUCACCCAAUCUCUUCAUCUGCCUAAUAAAAAUCCUGCUGAGGGCCAAACCCGUUUCUUGUUUUCUUGGCCUUCGAAAAAAAGUGACUUUAUUUUCCGGCAGCUUUUUGAUUACAAAUCGUUCACCUAUACUUACCUGCUCGCUGAUGCUGAAAGCAUGGAAGGCGUUAUUAUUGAUCCUGUCUUGGAUAAUGUUAAAAGAGACUUGAAGAUUAUCAAGGAUUUAGGGGUGAAGCUUCUUGCUGCAAUGAAUACUCACGUCCAUGCUGAUCAUAUUACUGGCAGUGGGGUCAUUAAGGAGAAAAUUGCCACUUGCAACAGUUUCAUUUCCAUCCAAUCCCAAGCCAAAGCUGACAAACAUUUUGAUCAUGGAAACUUGGUCAAAUUUGGCGAUUUUAACUUGGAAUGUCGCAGUACCCCAGGACACACAAACGGUUGUUAUUCUUUUGUUUGGCAUGAAAAGAGUAUGGUCUUCACAGGAGAUGCAGUUCUAAUCCGUGGAUGUGGUCGGACGGAUUUUCAACAAGGUGAUGCAAGAAAAUUAUAUGAAUCUGUGCAGCAACAGAUUUUUUCUCUUCCCCCACAUUACUUAUUAUUCCCAGGUCAUGACUAUACAGGGCAAAUGAUGAGCACUGUUGGAGAAGAGAAAAAAUUUAAUCCUCGUCUUUCUAAAUCAAAAUCAGAAUUUGUGAAAAUUAUGCAGGAAUUGCAGCUGCCCUACCCUCAACAAAUUGACAAAGCAUUGCCUGCCAAUCUAUUGUGUGGCAUUCAACCAACAGAAUAA